UGAGUCCUGAAAACCAUGGAGAGAUUUCAAUGACACAUUUUGAAAAGAAGGAGGAGACUCAACCGGAACAGGAGACACACCGAGAACAACCUUUGCCUGCCCACACAAAAGACAACAAAUUGUCUGGGAGACAGUUGGUGCUGCGGCGAGGGCUUCUGGUCCUUGGGGUCCUUGUGGUCCUGCUUGUGGGGGUUUUAGUGAGAGUAUAUGUCAAAAUUCAGUGAUGUGUGUGAAGGGCAUUCACUUUCCAGACCCAAAGACAGUUCUUCAUUCUUGCAAGAGUAGGGUACCAGCCCAACAGACAGACUGACAGACCACCAGAGGGGUAUCUGUGGGCAAUUUAACUCCUUCCCCUCCUUACAUGCAGUUCCCUCCUCUCUCUUCAUUGGCUACCUAGGGAAGGUAAAGUUUGUCUGACAGAAGCCUGAUGUCUUCUUUACCCUGCUCCCUGUGAAGGCCUUUUGUCGGUUUCUAAAAGCAAGUGAUUGAACUAUAGGGAGCAACUUCUUAACUGCCAGUGCUGCAGAGUUAGCAUAGCGUUCCAUUCUUAAUUGACUACUCCCUUUCGCUUUUGUUUAGAAACCCUUUCAAAUGCAUGACUGCAGAAGACCAUUUAAAAUCUUUCUUACAUGAGGCAAGAUGCCUGCAUGAUACACAUGGGGUUACCUCCUGAGAAGCCCUUCAGAAGGUGUAAAUACCCUAAGUCAGGGCUGGGCAUAUAGCUCAGUGGUAGAGCAUGUGUUUAGCAUGCUGAAGGCCCUUGGUUCAAUCCCCAGCACCACCAAGACAACAAUAAAAAGAAAAAAAAAAAAAUAUUGUUGACAGUACAUUUAAUACACCUUACCUCCAAAACAUCCUAGUUUAGCAGCUAUAGCAUAGAGUGUCUGUUGCCCUCGUGACUGACGAGCUGACCCAGAGCUGCGGCUGUUUGUCUAGCAUCCUGACGGAGGAUUGUAGCACACACAUAUUGCUACCUGAAGAUUGCUACCCCUGUGAUCUCACACACAUAUUGCUAAUCUGAAAAGCUUCAGAUUUAAAGUACAUUUUCUACUAUGUUGAGCCCUUAAAAUUCAGACCAUCUUAAGUUGAGGGCCACUUGUGCUUUUGAGUUUAUAGAUAAAUAAUUCAUAGGUCCAGCAAUGGCAGUUCAUUUUCACCUAAUGUAAUUCAGCUGUGCCCAUGGAUUUUUAAGAACUGAGAAUUCAAAUAUUUUUCUAAUGAAGAAAAGGAGCUAAGGCAAACAUUAUAUUUUGGCCCAAGACAGUGUGUGAAAGGUGACUCUAGAGUAAUAAUUCACCAGUCUCAACCAAUGAUCACUGUGGAUCCUGCAUUUAUCUAUGACUUUCAUGUUUCUCAUGCUUACUGUUUUCUAAGACACAAACUUAUAUACAAAGUGUUUAAGGAUUCUUACUGUGUGAUUUUUAAAAAUACAUUUUACAUAUAUCUUGCCUUGUGUCAUAGAUUAUUAUUCACAGGCAAAUGGCAUCCAUUAAUCUUUUGUUGGCUUCCAGGUCUCAGGCGCUGUUGGUACAUAGUUAAGGGAAGUCUUUGGAGCUUGAAAAUCCAAAGGAAAAUCACCCCAACGCAUGGGGGGCGGUGUCAGAAGGCAGUUUUCAGGAAGGGCUUAGUAAGGCUGCUUCUUUCAGCCGUCGUGGAAUUAAAUGCACACCACCGAUCAGAAAACCGCCCCGUACACUGAGCACAAUCAGCGCUAGAAUGGAUACAUGUCUAGACGAGGUCUUCGCCCUGAAAGAACAGAUAAGGAACGAAAUCAGAAACGCUAUUACUGUGAGUAUAACCCCGCUGCCGCGCCUGCGCCCCAACUCCCUCACUGCCGGGGAUGGGACCAGGGCUGGCCGCAGGCUCCACCGCUGAGCCACACUCCUGUCCCCCAGCUGCGGAUUGUGGUUGGGGCCAUCACAAGGCGUCUCCAACCUCAGGACCUCCUUAAACUGAACCUCAUUUUCCAGGCACCCUGGUAAAGCUUCGUACUGAGCAUGGGCUCCAGGUGGGACCCCAGGGAUGCCCUCUCCCCAGCUGUGUUAGGAAGCCCUGGCAUCCCUGUCUUUGCGCUCCUCAUCGCGCACCCCUGGCCGCCUAGAGGGGUCUCAAGCGCUCUGCCCUCCCCCGCGCCCCGCGGGCAUGCCCAGCUCCUCCCAAUCCAGCGAUGCAGCGGCGCCCCGGGGCCAGGCGGGGUGCAGCUCCGCCCGUGCUCCGAGCUCGCAGCUUUUGCAACCUACAAAGUUUCUGCUCAGAAGCCAGAGCGGCCUCAGGCGCCCCGCUACCCCCGCAGGCCCCUCCCCGCCCCUCCCCCUCCCCGGGUUCCGCGGGCGGCGGUUGCGGGGGGGCUGGUCCCGCAGCUGGCCCGCCUUGGCGGGCCCGGUGGUCCUUGCGCAGCUGAUGAUCUUUCUCAUCAGCGUGGUCAGCUCCAUAUUCUGCGGCCAUCUGGGCAAAGUCGAGCUGGAUGCGGUCACACUUGCCACCUCGGUUGUGAACGUCACUGGGAUUUCAGUGGGAACUGGCUUAGCCUCUGCUUGUGACACGCUAAUGUCUCAGUCCUUCGGCGGCAAGAACCUGAAACGUGUGGGGAUCAUACUUCAGAGAGGAAUCCUUAUCUUGUUGCUGUGUUGCUUCCCUUGCUGGGCUGUCUUCAUCAACGCUGAGCGCCUCCUCCUGCUCUUAAAACAAGACCCUGAGGUUUCCAGGAUAGCCCAGAUUUAUGUGAUGAUUUCCAUUCCUGCUCUUCCUGCAGCAUUCCUAUUCCAGCUGCAGACAAGAUAUUUACAAAGUCAGGGCAUCAUCAUGCCCCAAGUUAUUAUUGGAAUUGCAGCGAAUGUCAUCAACGUGGGCAUGAAUGCCCUCUUGCUGUAUGCCCUGGAUCUCGGAGUAGUAGGGUCUGCCUGGGCCAACACCACCUCCCAGUUCUUCCUGUCUGCUCUUCUUUUCCUAUAUGUGUGGUGGAAGAAAAUUCAUAUCAACACCUGGGGAGGUUGGACGAGGGAGUGCUUCCAAGAGUGGGGCUCCUACAUCCACCUGGCUGUUCCCAGCAUGUUCAUGGUAUGCAUUGAGUGGUGGACCUUUGAAGUCGGGACCUUCCUGGCAGGACUGAUUAAUGUGACAGAGCUUGGAGCCCAAGCUAUCAUUUAUGAACUGGUCUCUGUGGCCUACAUGGUGCCCCUUGGCUUUGGUGUGGCUGCCAGUGUUCAAGUGGGCAAUGCUUUGGGGGCAGGGGAUGCUGAGCAGGCCCGAUGCUCCUGUACCACUGUUCUCCUGUGUGCUAGUGUGUGUGCUCUUACAGUGGGAGUUCUGCUCACAGCUUUGAAGGAUGUGGUUGCCUACAUAUUCACCCGGGACAAGAACAUCACUUCCCUUGUGAGCCGUGUGAUGCCGAUUUUUGCUCCCUUUCAUCUCUUUGAUGCGCUGGCAGGCGCCUGCGGCGGAGUACUGAGAGGUACUGGAAAGCAAAAGAUUGGUGCUCUCCUGAAUGCCAUUGGUUACUAUGUGCUCGGCUUUCCCAUUGGAGUGUCUCUGAUGUUUGCUGCUAAGCUUGGGAUAAUAGGCCUCUGGUCUGGAUUGACAGUUUGUGUCUUCUUUCAAGCCCUUUUCUAUUUGCUGUGCAUCCUGAGAACAAACUGGAAUGGAGCUGCAGAGCAGGCACAGAUUCGAGCUGGGCUAAAAGGCAGUAAAGACCCCACGCUGACCCCAACAGAUCAACUGAACCUGGAAAGAGAAGUAACUGAUGGCGUGAUUUUACCUGAUAUUAUCAGACCGGAGAGUCAGACUGCUCAACUGAUGGCACUGGAAGAAAAUCAGUAUGUGCUUCCUACCAUUGGAGAGAUCUUGACAGGGAGACAGUUGAUUUUCUAUCGUGGAACAGCAUUAGCUCUUGCUAUUGCUAGCCUUGUGGCGGGAAUUUUAGUAAGAGUUUUUCACUGGCCAUAAGUAAAAUAGAAAAAGCAUCGCCAGUCUAUAAAUUCGAAGUGAUAACUUUAUGCUGUAUAUGAGGUAGGAAACAUGGUCUUGUUAUUUGGAUGGUGUUUUCACUGUCAACUGUGGGAGGAGAGGAUAUCAGUGAUGUUUCCUUAGUUAUUCUGAGAAAUUGCCCACUGUAUUAGAGAUAAAGAAAGAGCUGUGCUUUUGGCAGGGGUGGUGGGGAGCGUUACACCCAGGUCCUUGUGAGUGCUAAGCGUGUGCUUUCUACGCCUGCACUCUCAGCCCCAAGGGGCUAUAAUUUUAAGUAUACUUUUCUUUCUUAACUUUAUCAUGCUUUCUAAAUAUAUACAUUUGAUAUUCCCUACUGUAAAUGUUCUUUACUCUUUCUCAUAUUGAAUAUUUUUCCCCUUUCAGGUUUAUUGUUUAAUGCCAUGUAAAAUAUUAUUACUUGUUUAUAUUUCUCUUUUAAUAUACUUUGUCUUGGCAGGGAGUAUAUAUUAAGUGCCUAUUAAGUCUUACGUAAUAUAAGCUUUUAUUAAAACGAGCAUUUUAAAAUUUUAAAUGUAUGCUGACAGUAUUGGAGACUGUCAAUGUAAAAAAGAUCACUUACAUUUCUUGUUUUAUAACAAACUUUUGUGUCAACUUUUAUAUGUAAUUGGAAAAUAAAUCUGUGUUCCCUGGCUACUCAGUUCCCACAA